AUGAGGGCGGCGGGCCCGGAGCGGGCGGCGGGCGCGGCGGGCGGCGGCCCUGGCGAGGCGGCGGGACCCGGGCAGGCCUUUUUCCCAGCAGGGAAGAAACCCGUGUACGCUGAGCCCUCCCGGAGACUGAAAGAAAUACUUGAAGAAGAGCUUUGUUUUUGGAAAGAAGGGUGCCAGGUUAAGCAUCCAGCGGCAGUGGCUCUGGAAGGAGUUUGGACUAUGAAAAAUAAGUUCUCCGUUGGAAGUCUGAAACCAGUGUCCCAGAACAGAAAUUGUUUGCUUCUACAGCCUCAAUUCUACUCAAGGCAUGCAGGAAUGAAAAGCAAGAAUCAACAAUUGCUGAACUUUGGUGCUGUGAAGACCUGAGCCUGAUUUGAUGUGUCAAAUCGAACAUCAAAAUGACUAGUUUGGAAAUGCAGAUCAGUAUUUCUAAGAUUUUGAAAGAAGUUCUGCAUGGAUAGGGACCUGUUUCAUCUUGUUGUUUUAUUCAUAGCCUCAUACUGCUUUUUGGUCAGAUGUUGUUGUAGCCAGGGAUGAAGAUCUGUAUUUCAGCCAGGGAUGAAGAUGUCACAAUUCAAAGAUUACAGAUUGUUCUGGCUGACAAAAAUUUGCUACUGUGAAACUUGACAUUUUCAUAGGCUUAUCUGUUCCAAAGUGAUCCUAACUUCCAGCAGAAGAUUGUAAUAUAAUUGAAGAGGUGCCUUAUAAUGCCUUAGGCUAAGUCCUUCAUUAAACUGAGCAGUUCAUAAGCCAAGAGUUUGUGAUUUGUUAUCUAGCCUGACUUAA